AUUCUACAUCCCAAGAGUGUCACCAACAAACUCAUAAACAAAACACACACACACACACACAGCUUCGUGGUGAGUUUGUGUGAGUGUGAGUGUGCUACAGAGAGAUUCAGAUAUGGAGGAGCAAAAUGGUAUGGGGAAGUUGUUGAAAAAGUUGAAGCCAUAUCUUGCGAUGGUUUCGCUUCAGUUUGGGUACUCUGGGAUGUAUGUCAUCACCAUGGUUUCUUUCAAACAUGGAAUGAGUCAUUGGGUACUCUCUGUUUACCGUCAUGUUAUUGCCACACUCAUCAUGCUUCCCUUUGCUUUUGUCCUUGAAAGGAAAAUAAGGCCAAAGAUGACUCUGCCAAUCUUCCUGAGGUUAGCUGCGCUUGGUUUCCUUGAGCCAGUUCUUGACCAAAAUUUGUACAACAUGGGUAUGAAGAGCACCUCAACAACGUUUGCAUCGGCCAUUGUUAAUGUCCUCCCAGCCAUUACUUUUGUUAUGGCUCUCAUUUUCAGGUUAGAGACAGUGAAUUUGAGAAAGAUUCACAGCGUAGCGAAGGUAAUUGGAACAAUGGUGACAGUGUCAGGAGCCAUGAUCAUGACCCUGUACAAAGGACCAGCACUUGAGUUCAUAAAGGGACAUGGAGGAGGAGCCAUCCACCAUGAUAGUCGUAACGGUUCAAGAACUGAGCCUUCUGAACAAAACUGGGUGAUUGGCACACUCAUGCUCAUUGCAAGUUGUGGUGGUUGGGCUAGCUUCUUUAUCUUGCAAUCUUUGACUUUGAAGAUGUACCCAGCAGAGCUCUCACUCACAUCUUGGAUAUGCUUUUUGGGCAUUUUUGAGGGUGCAAUUGCAACCUUUAUAUUUGAACGUGAUAUGAGUGUUUGGUCCAUUGGCUGGGACUCAAGGCUUCUUGCUUGUGUUUAUUCUGGAGUGGUGUGUUCUGGAAUUGCAUAUUAUGUACAAGGAGUUGUGACCAGGGAACGUGGACCAGUUUUUGUGACUUCUUUCAGUCCUCUAAUUAUGAUUAUCACUGCUGCAUUGGGUACCAUUGUCUUGGCUGAGCAAAUUCAUCUUGGAAGCGUAAUUGGAGCUAUUGUAAUUGUUUGUGGGCUAUACACUGUGGUAUGGGGGAAAAGCAAAGACAAUGUGAAUAAUACAGAAGCAGUGAAAGUUGAGGGCCAAGAAUUGCCAAUAAGGGAUAGCACAAAAUCAGGAUCAAACAUUUUUGAAAACAUUGAUGUUAAUGUUCCUAGUGAGAUAAAAUGAAAACAUCCUAAUAGGCACUUUCACUAGUGCCAUAAAAUUUUCCUACUGAAAAAAUGAGGUCGAGAAAGAUUUUGUCAUGUGUAGAAAAAAUCUUUCCCAGUACCUAUAUUAAUGGCUGUAGUCCUAUUUAUUUCUUACCCGUUUUUCUUUUAAUCUUUUUGGAUGAAUUUGCAGUCAGAAGAGUAUCUGUAAUAUAAUAAUGCAAAUUAAAGUUGCUUUGAGUCUA